UUCAUAAAACAGUUGCGACUCUUGGCACCACUGUUGUAAACAUGGUAGUUUGACUCACCCAAAAACAUUAAUUAAGUAAAAGUGCCUUCAGUAAAAACAUGACAACGAUAAAAUCAAACGCACUCAAAAUCGUAUUAUGCCUCAUUUUGGGCACAAAAAUCUUAUCAGUUUCAGCCGUCCGUUGUUAUCAAUGUAGUUCAGACCAGGACCCUAAAGGGCAGGACAACUGUGGGGCUUACAGAAAAUUCGAUAAAACCCACCAUAUUGCGAUAGAAUGCAACAGUGAGGAGAGUCAUAUGCCUGGGUCUUUCUGUAUGAAGUUGACACAGCAAAGCCCUAAAGGAUUCAUAUGGGAUGGCCGUUGGCGACAAGUGGUACGAAGAUGUGCUUCAGUUGCCGACACUGGAGUUACAGGUGUCUGUAAUUGGGGAGUGUACGAAAACGGAGUAUACUGGGAGGAGUGCUAUUGUUCAGCUGACGAAUGCAACGGUUCUAACCGAAUUACAGCGGUUUUAACGCCCGCAAUUGCCACGUUAUUGAUUUUUACCCUAAGAAUAGUUCUUUAAACAAGUGUACCUUUAUAAGUUGAAACCGUCCAAGUACUUGUUACAAUCUCAUUUUUUUUACUUUUACAACAAUAAAACUUAUUUAUAAA